GCGGCCAAUUUUUUGUGACGACUGAGUUGCUGGAUAUUGAAAACAUUCGAUACCUUGAUCACACGCAGCUUUUGGGUGAGCCUCUGCUUAAGCGCACAUUCAUGGGUGGCCACAUUUUUAUGCCGGCUAUGCUGGACACAGCGCUGUGUCAGUGCUACUUCAGCUCACAUAUCCUGGAUGUUCUGCGGCACUUGACUUUCAGCCAUUCGACUGAGACCGCCAAAGACAAUCCUGCAAGGGUGUUCAAGCAGGGCAAACUCAAUUUGCUGUACGUUCCCGACCGAUUUAUCGGUCAACGCUACGAUACCCUAGUUCUGACGCUAAUGAAGCAGCAUGCUGCUGUACCGCUGGGUCUCUACCGCUUUGUCACUCAUGAGGGUCAGACAUUUGCAAGCGUCGUGUGCAAUCCACACCCUGCCACGCCACUGCUCCGCUCGGAUGCUGUCUACGUGCUUGGUCCGCCAAUUUCCGAGUGGAUCCAUUUUUCAGAAGGCCUGCGCGCAAUAAGUAUUGCGCCUCAGCCGUUGCAUACGAUGGCGUCAGGUUCGCCUACAACACCGGCUGUAGGAAAGGAAGGCGGUCAAAGCUCGACAUCUGACCAGUCGCGCUACACGGUCUACUCGCACAAUACCGAAUCUAGCAGCCCAACAGGAUCGUCGACCAGUAAGAGAGGCGGUGGCGAGACAGUUUUCACAAUUGACGCCGGCGAAGAGGCCGAUACCAGCGACGUUGAUGUCGAUAGCCACAUUGCAUUUAAAACAGCACCACAGUUUGGGGAUUAGGCCCGGCAAUGCCACAUCACAGUACUUAAUUAUAUUUUUACUUCCUCUUCAAAUACUAUUAGCACAAAACACCACGCGCUCGCUUUGACUUUUGGAUUUAUACCGUCGAGGUAUGUUUGCGCGCA